AUGAAUAUAACAAACCUAAGUUGUGUAAGAAAUGCUUGGAAAGGCUUAAAAUCAUGUCAAGAUCAGGGCAUCAUAAAUAGCAUAAUAAGUAUAAGUAUAAGACAUCUACAUGUUAGUACCGAAAAAGGAGUUGAUCAUAAUCAACAAGAAGCACUACUAAAUGCUGAUGAUAAUCAACAAAUUGUACCAAAGCAAUGGCAUCAAACGUUUGAUGCAACAAUUUUGUCCACUGGAUUCAAGUUAAAUCAAGCCGACAAGUGUGUAUAUAGAAAAUUUGAUAACCAUGGGAAUGGAGUUAUCAUCUUUGUAUAUGUAGAUGACAUGCUCAUAUUUGAUACUGAGUUAGUGCAAGUCUAA